CGGAGCAGGCCGGGCGCCUGGGGCGGCCAGGCGGGGGCUCCGGGCAGCGGCAGCAAUAACAAGAGGGAGCCCAGAGUGGGGCGGCGCUGCCUCCGGGACCCCGGGGGGGACAGGGCCCCGCUCCUCCUCCCCUCGCCCCCCGCCUCCCUUCCUCGCCCCCCCCCGGCUUCCCACCACGGCCGCUCUCGGCGAGGAAACUCUGGCCUCCGCUUCCUCCUCCUCCGACUCGGACACCGGCGGAGCCUCCCCGCCCCCGCGGAAGAAAGCCCGGGCCUCCCCGGCGGCGGCGGAGGGAGCAGGCGAGCCCGGGGUUUCCGCGGGCAGAGCAGGCCUCACCUCGUCCCAGUCCCCCUCGCUCUCCGCCGGGCUCGCCCCCCCUGCCGCCCCGCUCAGAGGCAGCAGCAGCAGCGCCAUGCAGGCCAACGGGGCAGGAGGAGGCCAGCAGCCGCCGCCGCCGCAGGGGCCGGCGGGCCCGGAGCUAGGCUGCUUGGGCGCCCAGAACGGCGAGGCCUCGUCGGGCUCGGCCGCCGGGGAGCAGCUGGCUCACGCCAACGGGCUGCUGCCCUCCGCCUCCGCGGCCAAUAGUAGCGGCGGCAGCAGCAGCCCCGGCGGCCUGAGCGUCAACAACGGGGUCCCGGCCGCCGGGGGGCCCGGCUCGGCCGCCGCGGAGCUGGGGGGAGGCGGCGGCAGCGCCCUGAAGAAGAAGAAGCGGCUCUCGCAGUCCGACGAGGACGUGAUCCGGCUCAUCGGGCAGCACCUCCACGGGCUGGGCCUCAACCAGACUGUUGAUCUUCUCAUGCAAGAGUCAGGAUGUCGUUUAGAACAUCCUUCUGCUACCAAAUUCCGCAAUCAUGUCAUGGAAGGAGAAUGGGAUAAGGCUGAGAACGACUUGAAUGAACUUAAGCCUUUGGUGCAUUCUCCUCAUGCAAUUGUGAGGAUGAAGUUCUUGCUGCUACAGCAGAAGUACCUGGAAUACCUGGAGGAUGGCAAGGUCCUGGAGGCACUUCAAGUUCUACGCUGUGAACUGACACCACUGAAAUACAAUACGGAUCGCAUUCAUGUCCUCAGUGGGUAUCUGAUGUGUAGUCAUGCAGAAGACUUGCGUGUAAAAGCAGAAUGGGAAGGAAAAGGAACAGCUUCCAGAUCUAAACUUUUGGAUAAACUCCAGACAUACCUACCGCCGUCAGUGAUGCUUCCCCCCAGGCGUUUACAGAAUCUACUACGUCAGGCUGUGGAGCUACAACGAGACCGGUGCCUAUAUCAUAAUACCAAACUAGAUAACAGUCUAGAUUCUGUGUCACUGCUUAUAGACCAUGUUUGUAGUAGAAGACACUUCAAAACAAAGGCUUCCACUCUGUCCUCAACUCAACCUAUUGUACCUACCUAUUGCAGGGGUCUGAGAUCAGUAUGUGGUGCGCCGUACAUGCUGCAAUGCUUGGGCAUAAUGAGGAAACAGUUCCCAUGUUACACACAGCAAAUACUUACAGAGCACUGUAAUGAAGUGUGGUUCUGUAAAUUCUCCAAUGAUGGAACUAAACUAGCAACAGGAUCAAAGGACACAACUGUUAUUAUAUGGCAGGUUGAUUCAGAUACGCACCAGCUAAAAUUGCUUAAAACAUUAGAAGGCCAUGCAUAUGGUGUUUCUUACAUUGCUUGGAGUCCAGAUGACAACUAUCUUGUUGCCUGUGGCCCAGAUGACUGCUCUGAGCUUUGGCUCUGGAAUGUACAAACUGGGGAGCUGAGGACAAAGAUGAGUCAAUCUCAUGAAGACAGUUUAACCAGCGUGGCUUGGAAUCCAGAUGGGAAACGCUUUGUAACAGGAGGGCAGCGUGGACAGUUCUAUCAGUGUGAUCUAGAUGGUAAUCUCCUUGACUCCUGGGAAGGGGUGAGAGUGCAAUGCCUCUGGUGUUUGAGCGACGGGAAGACUGUUCUGGCAUCGGACACGCACCAGCGAAUUCGGGGUUAUAACUUUGAGGACCUUACAGACAGGAACAUAGUACAAGAAGAUCAUCCUAUUAUGUCAUUUACUAUUUCAAAAAAUGGCAGAUUAGCUUUGUUAAAUGUAGCAACUCAGGGAGUUCACUUAUGGGACUUGCAAGACAGAGUUUUAGUGAGAAAGUAUCAAGGUGUUACACAAGGGUUUUACACAAUUCACUCGUGUUUUGGAGGCCAUAACGAAGACUUCAUCGCUAGUGGCAGUGAAGAUCACAAAGUGUAUAUUUGGCACAAACGUAGUGAACUGCCAAUUGCGGAGCUGACAGGGCACACGCGUACAGUUAACUGUGUGAGCUGGAACCCGCAGAUUCCAUCCAUGAUGGCCAGCGCCUCCGAUGAUGGCACUGUUAGAAUAUGGGGACCAGCACCUUUCGUAGACAACCAGGAUAUUGAAGAGGAAUGCAGUAGCAUGGAUAGUUGAUGGCGAAUUUGGAGCAGACGACUUCUCUUUAACUUAAAAUUAGUCGUAUUUUAAAUGGCUUGGGAUUUGGUGCAAACAACAUGAUUGAUAGCUGGACAGACAUGCUCGUCAUGAAAAAAGAACCAUUUCUGAAGCCCGAUCGGGGCCAAACAUUUACCACCUUGCUUCAUAGUAACCAGUUGAGAUGAAGCACGUCGUCAGAACGUUGUUGGACGCCGUGUCGAAUUAUCCCCCCUCCCCCCAUCGGUUGUGAAGAACUGUGCUACAUUCAGGCUAACCAUUGAACUCCGUAUAUAUAUUUUUUCCCCCUGCCUUUUUGUCUGGCGGGCUACCGUUCUUGUUGCUCUUCUGUGUAAUGAAGUUUAAAUGCUUGUUUGGAAAACUUUAUUUAACAGUUUAGAAGGCUUGAUAGAAAGAGUGCUUUAGUCUGAAGAGUAUACAUUGGAUAGGAAAGUAUUUCCUUCUCUUGUUUCUCUAAAUCUCUCUCCGCCUUAUUUAGCUUGAGAUCUUUGCAGCUUGGUUCAUGGACUCUAGCCUUGCCCGUUGCGCAGUAUCUAUAAAUCCAGACGAUAAACCAGUGAACUAUGUCAAAAGCACUCUCAAUAUCACACUUGACAAAAAGUUUUGUACUUUUCACAUAGCUCGUUGCCCUGUAAAGGGGUUAACAGCACAAUUUUUUUAAAAAAUAAAUUAUUUAUAGGAUUAAAGUGACUUCAUUUGUAUACAUUUGGAAUUUAAACCAGCUUAAAAACAGUGUCAUGAAAUGCAGUAUAACUGAUGCUCUUUUAGAGUGUCAUGCAAGACAUGGUCAAAAGAAGUGGCUGGAAGGAGUUUUACACAGGCUACGUAAAGUAUUCUUUUAAAAGAAACCUCAUUUCCCAUCUUAAUGAAGAAACAGAAUUAUUUAGAAGUGAGAGCUGUCAAAAUGCACCAUGAAACUAGUAGUUUAUUAAACAGGACAAAGGUCAGUUUUUAGAUUACAUAAAUACGUGCAACAAGUUUAUCUUAACUUGUGCAACAAUUCUGAUAAAAGCUUAGGAAGGAUCUGAAACAAGGAUAAUGCUGUUUUGCUUUGUAAUUGUAAAAGUACCUUUAUCAUCCAAAUUACAAUACAUAUUGACGAUUUGUAUAAUUUUUCCCCUAACUUAAAUACAACUGCAGAAUUUUCCUUAGUAUUUGACUAACAAAGAUGCAUAGAUUUUUGUUUUUUGAGAUAUUUUGAAGUUUACAGGUUUAAAUGUGUCUGCUGGACCUUGUUCUGUGCUGGUGCUGUGAAUAGCCUGACAUUUUUAGGAAUGGUUCCUUAAUUUCCUAUUAAAAAGACAAUUUGAGUACUGUAUGCUUCUCAAAAUAAACAGGUGGCCUGGUAUCUCUAGUGUGCUUCUGCACUACUUGGCAGUUGAUUAUGGAAUGGUGGUAGGUUUCCCUCUUCUCAACUGGAUGAUGAAGGUAGUAUCAGGACUGCCAUGAAGUAAAGAGGGAACAGGGAAAAAGGCAGGCCAUCAUGAAAGAUGUGAACAAAAGGGUGGAUGAGUCUCCUGCAGGGACUAAGUAAGUACUCUAGUGUCCUCCUUGGUUGGGUGAAGGGAUAACUUUGCCAUUGUCCAUGGGAAGAAAAAACAGACUCAUGGUUGGGUAAUGGGAAUGGAGGAAAUAACACAGUAAUAGGACCUUUUUUAAAGGGCGGGGCAGGCCCCAAAUGGAUGCUCCCAAGGCAUAUAAUACAAGAGAGAUUCUAACAGAUUAGGCCAUUAGAUCACUUGCAUGUUAUCUUAAACACUUAAAAAUGUAUACACAAUUUUUGCUGAGACCAACCCUUAAUUUGACCUCAUCCUAUAUUUCAAUAUUUUUCCAUCUGAAAUAAGAACUGAAUGUCAGUACCUUCAAUCUAGUUCAUUUGUAUUCAGCUUCCUAAAAUUACUUUACUUUACAAUUCAACUGAAAUGCUUUUUAAACAUAUAAAAUACUAUUUAAUAUUAGAAAUCAAUAUCUGGGUAGACUUGGAUUACAAACAAACUUUAAACCAAAAAAUGGAAAAUUAGUUCUCUUCUCUUGACCUGUUAAUUCUGGAGAUCAACAUUCUGUUUCUUCUGCCACCGUUAAUGGCAUGUCACAGCAUGAAGAUGAUAGUCUUGGUUCUGUGGUGUCAGUGAUAGUACAGGUUGCAGGAGAACCAAAGAACACUGAGCUCAAGUCUUGGCAGGCUAACCAUUUUGGUUUAAAUAAAAGUUGAAUAUCUAAAUUUUGUACAGUGCUUUACAUCUUCAAAGUAGCGUACAAUUGCUAACACCAACUGUGCUGCUAUUUAUAACUUUCAAGGCUUCACGUAUAUUCUAUUAAUUUGGCAUUUUAAGCAUUGUUAGAGCAUUACAUUCUCCUUUAAACCUGAAUAAAAAUCUCUUCUCCACUAAGAGCAUGUAAUGCUGUAACUGAAGGGGUUUUUGUUGUGGUUUGGUUUGGUUUGGUUUUUUACCCUUUAUACUUUUAGAUGACGUGGAGCCCAUUCUGUCGCUGUUUGUUCACCCAAAAAUAACACUGACUUCACUGGGAACUUUGUGUGUGUAAGGAAUGCAGGAUCAAGCCCCUAAUAUAAAUCCAGAAGAUUGAUUUGUGCUUAGUCACUUCACAGGAUUUUAAGCAUAGCGCCUAUAGCUAAAACUAUUAGCAGGGACUCCAUAUCUAGUACAAGCCUACAUUAGAGCACACUUGAGUCAGUACCUUCUUUCAUUGAGAUAUGUGACAAAGAAUAUUAAACUUUAAUUCUCUCUUGCCAAAAUAUGUAUUGCACCCCUGCAAAUUCCAAAUUCAAGAGCUUCUGGACUUUAGAGUCUACUCCUAAUGUAUAGAUGGUGAACACUUCGGAAUGGGGUUAGUGAGAAGCACAUUUUGAGAUUGCCACUUAAAUUUAGUUAUGUAACUCAACUAUGCAAUAUAAAUGGGAAGGCUUCUGCACCAGCUAGGUGGUGUGAUUCAUUUCUAGAAGUCUCUCUUACCAAGUUUGCUAUAUACAUUGUGCCUGCAUCUUACACGUGGUAUGCAGAAACUGAUAGAAAGGUGAAACUGUGGCAAAACAAAACUUUAUGGUACUUAGUCUGACAGCAAGAUUACCUGUAGGCCUAUAGGCAGUGAAUGAAGACUGGCUACUGUUCUAGGCUCUAGACUAAAAAGAGCAGCCUAAACUAUUUUUAACGUGCUACCACAUAGUCAUAAUGUGUGGUUUGAAAAGUACCAAUACUUUUUGCCCAUAGACCAAAAAUAAGACUUUGGCUAUGGAAAAAGCAAAUGCAGUAGACUCAUCUGCAAUGUGUUAAUUUCCAUGUGCUUAAAAAUGUUCUUAGGCUGGGAUCUAAGGAUUGGAGCAAAUAAGAGUCAUAUUUAUCCCCAACUAUCAGUUAUUUCUAGCAACUGAUGCUAAACUUCUUAGGGAACAUACUGUAAUCUUGGGGUUUUUUGCCCCUUUUUUUUUUUUUUUUUUUUUGGUAGCUGUUGAUUAAAAUGGUCACAAUAGCUACUGAUUAUCAGCAAUGUAAAUCUUUCCUAUGCUUAACCAUUUAUCUGAAUGUGCCUGCGCUGUUCAGGUAAGUAGUUUUUUGAGAGAGGAGAUGGAACACAAAGGGGGAAAUAAACUGCUGUUACAAAUCUCUCUUCUGAAAAACUUAACUUUAUGUCCAAUUCCCUCACUCUUAGUACAAGUUCUUCAAAUGUAAAAGAAGUAACCCUAAUAAUUUUAAAACUUGUGCAAAGAUGCAAGCUGGAAUACUAUCCAACUCUUGCCAAUAACUUGUCAUCCUGGUUUCAGGCAGGUAACGUUUAAUGCAAUCCAUUCACUAUUGGCAGUAUUUGUGUCUAGUGGCAUCUCGCUGCACCAAUAAAUAAUGCUCCCAAUCCAAACAAAAGUUUGAAGGUUUCUUUAUUAGGAUAUUGCUUCCUGGAAAGUAGAGCUGAUACAGUCAGUCCAUGUUGAGUAGACUAUAUACAUAAAGGUGGGGGAAAUCAACAUACAAGUCUAGUUUACAGCCAGAUUUGUUGGCUGAUAAUGUGAGGGCUGACCAGAGAGGAGAGAAGACAGACUUUCAGUAGACUCUUGUUCAUAUCCCUAAAACAGUAAGUUGUCUCAAUUUAAUUUAUUUGAAACAAUUGCUAAAAAGAGGAGCAUCAAUCCUAUAUAUGGCUUUAAAAAAUACACAUUGAUUCGUGUCCAUUUUCAGCUAACAUACUUGAUUUAGGAAGAACUGCUAAUUUUAAAGACAAUUGGCAAAACUUCAUUAACUCUUGUACACUUUUCUUUUUAAAACAGGGUGGACUUCAUUGAAUUGUGCAGUGUUGAAUUGCUGCAGUAGCUGCCUCUUGUUGCUGAAACACAAACUAUAAACCCAUUUCCUGUCUGCUAAGCAGUUUACUGGGUUCAGUAAAACAACUAAGUGUGAACGUUCUCCUAUUUGGUAUAUAUGAGAGAGAGAGAGAGAGUGUGUGUGUGUGUGUGUGUGUGUGUGUAUUACAUAGACAUGGAACCAAGUGUUCUAGGUACUGGUCAUGUUUUAUUGCAUACUUUGUCACUUUGUGUGUAUGUGAAGUGUCCUCUGACUACAGGCAUCAGUUAAUAUCAGUAUAUUUUUAUAAAUUUGAAAUUCAGUGUGCCCCAUCUUUCACUUAAACAUUUUUCAUUGUUAGGGUAAUGUGCUAGAUUUGAAUCUUUAACAUUUUUAGGCACAGAUGGAAAAAAGUUAUUGGCUCCUUGAAAAUGUAUGGGAUAAAAUGGAUCAUCAAAGCAUGUAUGUACUUACAAACCAAGCUGUAGAGAUCAAGAAAAGAACUUUACUGUUGAUCUCAAGAUUUCUAAAUUGUCAAGAUUUAUAUGGAGUUGUGGUGGAACUAGUUAACACUUAGAGCUUUUGGUAUGUAAUGACUAUUUGCUAUGGACUGAUAUUAAAUGUUUCAAAGGAUUGCGUUCUUAAACUUUCCGGAUUUUUGUUACUGUCCUCUUGGAUUAUAUUAAGUAGUUUAAAUUUCUUUGCUAUAUUAUUACAUUAAAAUAUAAGAAUGUUGGGUCUCAUAUUUAUUUUCACUUGUUUUACUAAUUAUUUACAGAACACCCUUUGUUAACUUUUUUAUUUUAUAAAUGUGUAGUAUUUUAAACAUAUCUUUAAAAAGAAAAUUGUUCAAUUGGAACUACAUAACUUCUGAUUUUGUUUUUAUUAGGGUUUUUAAAAAAAAAGUACACUUUUUCCAUGUCAGUGCACAGCACUUAACAGAAAUGUUUGUAUUCCCUUUCUUCAGUUCAAUAAACAGAAUGAAUAACUGGA